CCUUCUCACUGUUCUCCACCCCCGACAAAGCCUCAACAGAACCCUGUCUGGUCGCUCUGGAGCGCAGCUCCCUAGAUUCCUAGCCGGAUCGUUGACGGAGGUGCUCCGUAGCUUAUUUCCGGUGGCGCAGAGGAGCAGUUACCAUGGUAACCAGAGAAAGGCCCGUAUCUGUCUGGCUGCGGUGAGAGGAUAGCGGAAUCGCGGAAGAGAAUUGUGAGCUGGAAUUAGAAUGGCCUUCGGUCCAGGAAGUGAUGCAGCUUUUGCCAGUCAGAAGUCAGUGCUUUCAGAGAGUCCUCGAACAAAGAAAUGUCUACUAACUGAAGAGGAGACAUUUUAUAUGAAUUGUAGAGCUGCCUACUUAACUAUCUUCAAAAGCAGCUUAGAAAACAUAAUUUCUAAAGAUCAACUUUACCUAGCUCUUCAGCAUGCAGGAAGAAAUCCAUCCCAAAAGACCAUUAAUAAGUAUUGGACUCCUCAAACUGCCAAACUGAAUUUUGAUGAUUUCUGUAUAAUUUUGAGGAAGGAAAAACCAACUUCAAAAGUAGAACUGCUUAAAUCAUUUAAACAAUUAGAUGUAAAUGAUGAUGGCUUUAUUUUACACACUGACCUUUAUAAAUUUCUAACAAAGAGAGGUGAAAAGAUGACUCAAGAAGAAGUAAAUGCCAUAAUAAAUUUGGCUGAUGUAAAUGCUGAUGGCAAAUUUGAUUACAUUAAGUUUUACAAAUUGUAUAUGACAACCAAUGAGCAAUGUCUCAAGACUACACUAGAAAAACUGGAGGUUGACAGUAAACUGAAGCGUCAACAAUUUGGAAGCCAUAUGGAAGGAUCCCUUGAAAGGGACCCAUCACCAGUACCCAAAUCAUCACCUAGGAUCAUGAGGAAAAAUGACCAGGAAACAUUCUCAAGUAAAGGUGACAUAAGGAGUUCUUUACUGUCAACAACUAGAAAGUUCAAAACAUCUGUUUUCUUCACAAUUGCCAUGAGUGCUUAUAGUAACCGAAACCCAAAGUUAAUUGAGCCAAAUUUAAAGGAUUGGCAAAGUGUACAGUCAAAAGGCUGCUUCUUUUUAGAAGAAGAUGGUGAAAUCAUUAGUCAUCAGUACAAGAUGCAAAUAGUUCAAAGGUCCAUGGUUUAUCUAACAAUUAAGCCAUUAAACCUGAGUCAAGUUGAAGGAAAACUAUCCCCUUGGUUAUCUAUUGAUACUGCCCUAUAUAUUCUUAAGGAAAAUGAAAAUCAAGCAAAUCUACAGCUCAUAUGUUGUACGGAACUGCGAAAUAGAGAAGUAUUUGGGUGGACUGGUGAACUAGAACCUGGAGUUUACUGGUUAAUUCCUUCCACAACUGGCUGUAGGCUAAGGAAAGAAAUAAAACCAACAACAAAAGAAGCUCAACUUGUAUAUAGAGAUGAAACAGGGGAAUUAUCUCUCACAAAGGAAUUUAGGUCAACUUUAUCUGAUAUUUUUGAAGUAAUUGAUUUAGAUGGAAAUGGUCUUCUUAGCCUUGAAGAAUACAAUUUUUUUGAAUUGAGAACAAGUGGUGAGAAAUGUGAUGAAGAUGCUUGGGCUAUCUGCAGAGAUAAUUUUGAUACAAAGAAGAAUGAAUUAACAAGACAAGGAUUUAUGGAUUUGAACCUAAUGGAAGUCAAUGAUCGAGAAGGAGAUCCUCGUGACCUUUGGGUAACUCUGCACUCAAUGGGCUACAAUAAAGCUCUGGAGUUGACAGAGGUACUGCAUUCUUAAAGUUUUUCCGAAGAGUUGGUGGUCAUGAUAUUUUAUGCCUUUUCUUACCUGAAAUUUAGAUACUGCCAACUAUUUAAAUAAUUCAGAAGCAAAGAGUUUGAAUACAUGAUAUGCAGGGAAAAUUGGUAAUUAAAAUAUAUA